AUGGCUGUUCGUAUGAUAGAUGUGCCCAUGACCAAAACAUCAUCUAGUCCUGAAGAUUCCAGUCAACGGACUCUCCAUGCGCUCACACCCCCGCAGUUCGAUUACACUCAAUGCAUGGAAAGUUCGUUUGAUGAAUUCAGCCAUGCUGGCUGUGAACUGGAGAACAUCGAGGAUACAUUUAACGCAUCGUACGGCGCUGAUGCUCAGGACAUUUGGUAUAGUACUGUGCCAACUCCAGGGACUCAUACAGACAAAUACAUGGGCCGUGCAGAAAAUCUGCCCAAGGAAUCAAAGUCUUCGGAUGUCCACCACGACGAAAAUAGAGGGAAAUCUUUAUCUCCUAUUCGUCCUGAUUACCUUGAUCAAUGGCACGCACCUACUCCGAGAAAUUAUGAUGGUCCAAAGGUGGAAACCAACGAAAUCCCUUUGGAUGAAUCGAAGCCUUUCGAUGCGCAAGAUGAUCACACUAUGCUCCCGCCUCCUACCCCCCAAAUAUGA